AUGUCGUCACCACCACCCUAUCAGACCCCAACUACUUCUCUCAAACGUCCCUCCAUCUCAUCUACUACCUCUCAACCCAUUAUGAAGAAGCAGCGCAUGCACCCUCUUCGCCAGACCUCAUUCCCAGCAAAUCUUGAGCCUACGGAGCGCAGUUUUGGUGGCACUAGUGAUGCCGGCAGUGUUACAGGCAGUUUCACAGGGAGUCUGGGCGGGACCAGCGCGGACGGGAUUUUCGCCGGUGCGGCGCGUGGAAAAAAGCGCGGACGGAAGAGCAAGGCUGAUAAGGAGCGGGAACGCGAUGAUGCGAUGAGUACACGAACUGGCGACGCAGGUCGGUUUGGAUCUGCGGAUGCGGAGGGCUCAGUACGGGGAGGCAUGGGCGGUGGGCGCCCAGCUGAUGAUGGGGACGACUAUGAUGACGAUGAUGAUGAGGGGGAGCUUUUGGGUCGUGAGGAGGGGGCUACAGACACCGAGGCCGAGAAGAAGAAUCUUGCUAUCUUGGUGGAUGCUUUCAAUCCCAUUCAAUCCGAACGAUACGAUUUAUUCAAGCGCGCAAAGCUACGCAAAGAAUCUCUUCGUCGUAUUGUCAACCACGCACUCUCCCAGUCUGUCCCGGCAAGCGUGGUCACAUCAGUCAAUGGUUUUACCAAAGUUUUUGCGGGUGAGAUGAUUGAGAAGGCGCGAACUGUUCAGGCCGAGUGGGCCGAUGCACACGACCAGGCGGCGCGUGCUGCCUUCGAUGCCGAAGAAGCUGCUGCAGAGAAAGCUGCGCAAGCAAAGGCUGAAGCUCAAGCCCAAGAAAUGGCUAAAAGAGCAACACCGACAUCAUCGGGGAUGCCCGCUCUGGGCAAUGGCAUUAAGAAAGAGUCCCCCGACCCUUCACAAGCACAGGCUUCCCCGAAACCCGGCUAUAAUAAUCUCAACUCCACAUCCUCCCCUGCACCUUCUCAAUCCUCCCAACACCUCGGUCUGAAAGCAGCACCCAGUCCGGUACCUUUGCGUCCGCGACGUGAAUUUCGCCCGCCACCUAACCCCCACCGAGGCCAGCUUUUGCCCUCGCAUCUGCGGGAAGCACAGCGACGGUGUAAGCGUGACGGUGAAGGCGGUGGCGUCGGCUUCUCUGGAAUGAGUAUGGAUAAUCUAGGCGUCAAGGGUGCAUUUACAUGGAGUUCUGGCAGCGUUGGCGGGCGCAGACUAUUCCGCUAA